CCUUGCCCUGUCUGUGUGUUGUUGAACUGGGUGAGGUUCUACUUGCGAACGAAGGGGAGAAGUAAAUAAUUUAAAUGUCCCAAAUAUAUUUAUUGCUAGCCAACUAGCUAGCUCGCUUCCUAGGACGGAAGUUAAGCUAGCGAGAUAACACGAGACCCCCUAGCUACUCAAGCGGCGGCUGGUGCGGAAAUGGGCAGUAUGAGUUUGUAGUUUGACAUUAGCUAGCUAGCGUUGGUCAUUCAUUCAGCCGCUAGCGGUGGGAUGGUUUUCUUUUGUGUUAGCUAUAGCUUGUUAGCUACUCGGUUUGCUAUGGCUAGCUAACUUCUGCAUUUGACAGCAGUGACCGCUCGAGCUACAUCAUGCGAAUCCGCAAGGAUACGAUCGUCUCCUGUUUUCUAGCUAUCAAGACAAAGAAGAUGCUCGCUUGUCCAAGGGAAGUUCCUACAUUUGAUUUAAAACCAUAGUUGGCAUUAGGGAAUAGGGCAGACACUGAUCUUGAGAAUUGGCUACUGUAGCCGUCAUUGGCUAUCUAUCCUCGGCGAAACCGGUUUGGUAGCUAACUAGCUGGCUAAAGUGAUUGCUAGCAUAGCUACAUUUGGAUGCAUACGGAAAAUGGCAUCAACAAAGGCAAAGGUUGGGAUAAUAAAUGAGAGCAACUCUAUUUGCGAGAGUGCCAAGACCUGCGCGAGCAGUCCCAUGUUAUUGGCCGGAGCAGCAUCGUUAACAUUGAACAACAGGACAUACUCACUCGAUGACCUGGACACCAUUGCCACAGUUGGCACAGGGACUUUUGGCAGGGUGUUCCUGGUGAAAGACAAGAAGAGCAGGGCGUUCUACGCUCUGAAGGCUAUGAAGAUCCCUGACGUGAUCCGGCUGAAGCAGGAGCAGCACGUUCACAAUGAGAAGGAAGUCCUGACCGAAGUCAACCACCCCUUCCUCAUCAGACUGUUCUGGACCCACCAUGACGAUCGUUUACUCUACAUGCUGAUGGACUACGUUCCAGGCGGGGAGCUAUUCAGUUACCUCCGUAGCCGCGGGCGCUUCAGCAACACCACAGGCCUCUUCUACUCCACAGAGAUCGUGUGUGCCAUCGAGUACCUCCACUCCAAAGAGAUCGUCUACCGAGACCUGAAGCCGGAGAAUAUACUGCUGGACAGCGAGGGACACAUCCGCCUCACAGACUUCGGCUUCGCUAAGAAGCUCUCGGACAGGACAUGGACUCUGUGUGGAACCCCAGAGUACCUGGCCCCAGAGGUCAUCCAGAGCAAAGGUCACGGCCGGGCGGUGGACUGGUGGGCCCUGGGGAUCCUCAUCUUUGAGAUGCUGGCUGGGUACCCACCGUUUUUUGAUGACAAUCCUUUUGGUAUUUAUCAGAAGAUCCUCGCCGGAAAGCUGGAAUUCCCGCGGCAUCUGGAUUUCUAUGUAAAAGAUCUCAUCAAGAAAUUCCUCGUCAUUGACCGAGCCAGGAGGUUAGGCAAUAUGAAGAACGGGGCUGACGAUGUGAAAAAGCACAGAUGGUUCAAGUCUAUAGACUGGGAUGGUGUUCCUCUGAGAAAACUGAAGCCACCCAUAGUUCCCAAGGUGUCCCACGAAGGUGACACGUCUAACUUUGAUGCCUACCCCGAGGACGAGUGGAAGAAAGACGCACCUGUGCCUGCAAAGGAUUUAGAAAUCUUCAAGAACUUCUAGAAAGGCGGAAGCAACGACAGAUAUACUUCAAAAUACAUAUAGGUCUUGGAGAAGUAGAGAAGACUUCAAUAACUUUUAGAUCUUGGAGAAGGUGAGUGAAACUUCUAGAUGUUGGAAAAAUAGAGAAAGACUUCUGGAUCUUGCUGAAUAACAGAAAGACUGGUAAAUCAUCUGAGAUGUCACCAUUGUAUGGUCAGCAAGAGAACUUCCAAGCUUCCAAGUCCCAGAACUUUAUCUUGCUUGAAGACAUUGAAGUGUUCCAAAUUGGGUGGAAGAGAACUCAAAGCAUCAUCAUAUCGCCACAAUAUUUAUCUAUCAUUCAUUUCCUUUUUUCACUCAACUAAAACCUCGAUCCUCAGUCCUCAGUUUAUUUAUUUUUUACGUUAUGCAAAAAAGAAAAUGAUGGUCCUCUUUGAACCAAAGGACAUUGUUACUGAAAUUAAUAUGUUUAAAAUGCAAUAAUCAGGAAUUUUAUAUUUUGUUGGGCCAAAAAGGUUCCAGUUUUCUUUGUUGGAACUUUUGGGACUCAACCAACCGAGCAAAGCUUAUGAUCCAAAAAUUAUUACGCAUACAGUAGACUCAGUAUUGAGCUGUACAAUAAAUGGAAUUUAGGUAUGUGAUUACUAUAUCUUUACUUAGUAGUUUGUACUGGAUAUUUGUCAAUGAGAAAGGAUGAAACAUGUACAGGAACGUAUUACAAUAUCAUGCCAAGCAAGCUUUGUAAUAUCAUUUUAUUGACUGGCCGCUAGUCAAAUAGGCUGUUAAACUUUUCAUUUUGAGCUGUAAGUACUUGGCUAUCUAUCGGCUAGACAUCAGUGCAUGUGUGCAUCAAGGCCAGACCAGAAAGCACUUGUAAAAGGUGCCUUACUUACUUCAGGAGGUUGGAUUUGACAUAUGUCUUCUUCUUUGCUCCUGACAAGCUAUUUGAUUUGAAGUCAGUGGUACUUUUUCAACUUUAUUUAUAUAACACACACUGUUUAUACUUGAGCUGUGCUGUUGAAAACGUUGACUGUUAAUAAUAGUAUACGUGGAAUAAGUGUCGUGUGGACGAAGUGUAGCUAGCUACUAUAUGUGGACUCAGUUUCCUCCCAUCUUUUUCUUCCAUCCUCUUUGUUCUAUUUUGCUGUUCACACAAUAACUAAAAAUGUCCCUGUAUAUUAACUGGUAUGUCUAUCUUUCUCUAUGUCUCUUUCACGUACUAUAAAGAACUGUAGAAUAGAGAUCUCCAGCUGGUUUCAUGUAUAGCCACGCAGGUAGUAGUCUCAGCAGGACACUUGGCCAUCUGCUUCAGGCAGCCAAUAAACUCUGUUAUCUUCUCUCCACCAAUCAUAUCACUGGCCAGUAGAAGGCACAUCAUGACUAGACACAUCAUGGUACAAUCACAAUCUCUCGGAAAUGGACUUAGUAACUCUCAAUUAUUUCUGGCCCUUCAGUCAACUUAAAUUAUUUGAAUUGAACAUUUGAUUGCUUGUAUGUAAUGUUUUAUGUAAUUUUCUUAAUAACCAAUUAUGGAACAAAACUCAGUGUGAGUUUAUUCGGUCUGUUUAGUGUAAUUAGGACUUUUGGACAACGCAUGUAUUGUUUUUUACGUCUUGUUUUUUUUCAGUGUGAAGUGUGUCUCUAGGGCAUUUGUUUUACAAUCCACAGCCUUUUGCCUUUUUUUAAGAUGAUGUUUUUGUUUAUGUAUUAGCAAAAAGAAAACAAAUAGGAAAGAAGGAAUACUGUACUUUUAGGUCAAUACAAGCGUAUGAUAUUUUAUACCCAAUACCAUUUUGCCAAUGCCUUUUGUCAAAGUGUAUAGAUUGUUUUAUUAUUAUUUAAUAGCCUACCUUACAAACUUUGUAUGGCCUUUCACGUUGUUGAUGUUGCAGUACUGUAUUUAACUUCUUGAGAUACUGUUUAAAAGAUCCACACAACCUGGAUUAAAAACACCACCUAUCCACUGACUCAA